AUGCCCCCGACAGAUAAAGCCACAACCGCAGACGAGACGAGAAAAACCCCAGAAGAAAGCAUCCAAGGAUGGACCUGCGUCUUCGGCUCAUUCCUCGCUCUCUUCUGCACAUUCGGAUUCCUCAAUGCCAUCGGCGUCUUCCAAACUACAUACCAAAAAACAACCCUAAACACCUACACCUCCUCGUCCAUAUCCUGGAUCUUCGCCGUCCAAAUAUACCUAAUGUGGGCCCUAGGCCCCCUCUACGGCCGAAUCCUAGAUACCUACGGACCCGCUCCAAUCCUCUACCCCUGCAGCAUCCUCUGCGUGCUGGCCCUCUGCAUGACCAGCCUUGCAGAUAAAUAUUAUCAGAUCUUUCUGGCGCAGGGACUAGCCUUCGGCAUCGGGGCUGGUGGGAUCUUUACGUCUGCGAUGGUCUGUGUUGGCCAGUGGUUUGUUAGACGGCGUGGCCUUGCGAUUGGCGUUUCGAGUUGUGGUGCUAGUGUGGGUGGGGUUGUUUUCCCGAGUUAG